AUGAAUGGAUGGACCAAAUGGAAAAAAGGUCACGUGUUGGCAAUUCGCAAGGGUCGCCUCAUGACUCCAAGCACUUUUACAGCCCUCAGCGGAGAUCUGCACAUACAGAUACAAUUCUCACCCGAUGACUAUGUAAAUAGCACCUUAAGAGGUGGUGGUGGUCGGAAACCUAGCCAGCAGGAUGCAGUGUCAACAACAUCACGUACCAUCAAUAAUCAGGAGGCUACAUCCGAUAAUUCUGUCGUGCCCGAAGUGGAGAAUUUCAUAACAAAUACCCUGGUCAUUAGUAAAUAUAUCGAUGUUGAAGAAGAGGACGUAUUGGGUGAGGGGGUCACGGAUGCCACAACGCCAAUGGCCACUUCAACCACAUCCUCCCGCACGAAUGACUCCUUGGUCUUACAAAGAAGGCGUAAAGAAAUCGUUCAAAACAUACCCGUCUAUCCGGAUCCAAGGCAUAAUGUUACCCAGGUGGCGGUACCCUGUCAGACCUUUAUGUGGGGUGGUCUCUAUGAAAUGCAAUUGGUCUCAAACCUAAAAAUUACCAAUAAAAAUCCCUCCAACCAAAGUGACUCAUCAUCCCCUACCCUUACCUCCGCAACAACCUCCAGCACGACGACCACAACCACCACCACAUUAAUCCCCGCCACCGAUGAACGUCUGCGGCAGACCCUAGAUGUACGAUGGCCCUCGGCCGAAAUGAUUGUUAGUCCAGUGCGCCUAACCACCUACCCCGAUGGACCCGUGGAGGUCACCCUACGCUUUCCCGAAGUCAAUUGCGAUAAUGCCUGGAAACGUGAGGACCUUCCCGAAUUUUGGCUUGAACUUAUCUACUGUGGCAAGGAGCGGAACUGUUCCCAACUGAUGCCCCACAAUAUCACCAAGUCAAGUAUCCUCUUUGCCGAACAGGUGCGAGGAUUUCCAAAGCAGAAAUCUUUCAAACUAUCCUGCGACCUCUUUGGCCUGGCCGGUAAUUAUGCAGUGCAGCUGCGGCCGAUGAUACCCGCUCCCCACCUACCUAUAACCCGACGCUUCCUCUCCGUCGAUUGGUCUGAAAAAUAUGUUUUCAACGUAUAUGCAAGGAGUAUUUUCCCCUGUGAUCCGCAUACGGGUAUUGGGGUACUCUAUGAAUAUCCCAGUUGUAUUUUGGAGCAAGGUGAUCGGGUGAGAGUCUAUGCCAAAUUGAGAGCCGAUGUGGCCUCGCUGAAGCCACCGACCUCCUUGCAUUAUAUAGCCGAACAGCGUGUGGUGAAAAAUCAAUAUUCGCUGUACUUUAAUUGUGAACUGUUCACCGAAAAAUAUGUGGAAUACUGUUUUGUCUAUGUGACCCAAGCGAUAUCGGGAGCGGUGGCGGAUGUUCGCAUGGAUUGUGUGCCGACAUUGCCGGUUAAGGAAUCCGAUACUGGUGGCUGGGGACCAUGGAGCGAAUGGACGCCUUGUUCCACAAAUUGUUUGGGUGGCACCAGAAAUCGUUAUCGUUUUUGUGAUUCACCACCGCCACGUUAUGGCGCGAAAUUUUGCGAGCUCGGUGAUACAGCCAUUAGUUUUGUGGACUGA